AAGCUAGUCGACGGACAAAAAUAAGCUAAGUUAGCAUGGGCAAUUUUAGCUAGCACUCCAUUUAAUAUCGUAAUAAAGGAUCCGCUUACUUGAUAGUGAAUUAUAGAAAGUGCGCAAAGUUACAUGAAGGUGUUGUAACGUUUCGAGUCAGACCCAGCUAACCAGCUAGUUGACGUUAGCAACCGAAGGCUGUAGCAGUUUUAUUACCAUGUAAUAGCUUCAGUUUUGCAUCGUUAUUAGCAGAAUUUCAUACAAAUGCAUUCGAACAUCACGUUUGAGAUCGUUGUAAAUUUUUAACGCUAGAGUAAGCCUUUUUUUUAAUCGCGUGGAAUUUCGAAAGGUGGAAAUAAUGCAUCACGUCAGGAUCAAGACUGAGAAGUCAGAUUUAGAUGGGAAUAGUCCUCGUGGCCGACUGGAUGCUGUGUUAAAGGGAUUAGUAGAGAAGACUGAAACAGAAAGAGAACAAAAUGACAGUGAUGCUGGGAAAAUGCCUCCAGACUCCUUAAGCAAGGAUCUGUCUCCAUCGUCUGCUGGGAAAAGGCCAUCAGGACGGUUUCCACAGCACAGGAGGAAGAAGCGAAAAGAGAUGGAUGAGGGCAUACCAGAAAGCAAUCAGCAUAAGCAAAAUGCUUACAUCAUAAAGUUGUUUGAUCGCAGUGUGGAUCUGGCUCAGUUUAACACCAGCACACCACUGUAUCCUAUCUGCCGUGCAUGGAUGAGAAACAAUCCUUCUGUCCGAGAACCACCUCCUUCCCCAAGUCCCCCACAUACUAUGGUGGAGGAAGAGGUUACUGACAUGAUCAACGGAAAAUGUCAGGAUGUGUACAGACUCCCUCCUCCAACUUUGUGUCCAGUCAGCUCCUCCGGUGAACCUGUCAAUCUCAGGAUCCCACAGACCGACAAACCUACUGUUACACAGGCACUGUAUAAUUUGCCAGAUUCACCUCUUACAUCAGGUCACUUCAUAUGUGAACACAUGGAACGCUGGAAGAAGAUAAGGCAAAGAUGGAAAGAAUGUUCCAACAGGAACCAGCUAAGAUACAGCGAGAGUAUUAAAGUCCUUAAGGAGAUGAAGGAGCUGUAUGAUCGUUAACCGGCUGCACUGCACAUUUCCACAACACAACAGAUUUACCAGAGCUGGAAUUGAGCCAAUAUGUACCUACAGAAAUUUGGAAAUGCCUGCUGUCUGAUCAGAUUAUUGGAAAAAUUCGUAUUGACGUUGAGCCUUAAGUGGUCCAUAAACUGUACACACUGCAUUAUAAAUUUAUCGAGUCUGAUUUUAUUCACAAUUUCUUGUUUUAACUGUUUUUGCACUGUGUUCAGUCAUUAAAAUUCUGUUUGGCUAAAUUAA